AAAGAGAGUCGUAGCCAACCUAUAUUUAUGUGCGCUGUGUUGAAAAUGCGGUAUAUUGCCACCAUUUCACUUUAAGUUACUUGUCAACUGUGUCCAAGAACGUUCACAGCGAAACAGGUUCUAGACUGCACCCAAAAAGAGAGAGCACUCUGACGUGGGACUGAAUCUCUCAGGAAGGUUAUUUGCCAUAGGAUUUUUUUUCUUGUUUUCUUUUUUUUUUGUUUGUUGAGGGAGGCUAUCAUGGGUGGAGCUGUGAGCGCUGGUGAAGAUAAUGAUGACUUAAUCGACAACCUGAAGGAAGCACAGUACAUCCGUACAGACAGAGUUGAACAGGCAUUCCGAGCCAUAGACCGUGGUGACUACUACCUUGAAGGCUAUCGGGACAAUGCCUACAAAGACUUGGCUUGGAAGCAUGGCAAUAUUCACCUGUCAGCUCCAUGCAUCUAUUCAGAGGUGAUGGAGGCGUUAACACUUCAGCAAGGAUUGUCUUUCCUCAACCUGGGCAGUGGAACAGGCUACCUGAGCACAAUGGUGGGCCUGAUCCUAGGUCCAUUUGGGGUGAAUCAUGGUGUUGAGCUUCAUAAAGAUGUGGUUGAGUAUGCUAGAGAGAGACUGGAUGACUUCAUCAAAAAUAGUGACAGCUUUGAUAAGUUUGAGUUCUGUGAACCCAAGUUUGUGGUGGGAAACUGUCUGGAGAUUUCCUCUGACAGUCAUCAGUAUGAUCGGAUCUACUGCGGCGCUGGCGUUCAGAAGGAUCAGGAGAAUUAUAUGAAAAUCAUGCUGAAGGUUGGAGGAAUCCUUGUUAUGCCCGUGGAGGAUCAGUUGACUCAGAUAACGAGAACAGGCCAGAAUACAUGGGAAAGCAAGAACAUUCUUGCUGUAUCAUUUGCUCCUCUUGUCCAGCGGAGAAUGGAUGGGAGCAAAGCAGAUGCUGUGGAGCUUCCACCUGUGACUGUCAGGAGCCUACAGGACUUAGCACGCAUCUACAUUCGGCGCACUCUACGGAACCUCACCAACGAGGAGAACAUCUCCAAAGGGCCUCCUCAGAGACCUCCACAGAAACGCAAACGCAGACGCUGCCGGCGGCGACGCAUUAACACCUACGUCUUCGUAGGCAAUCAACUGAUCCCUCAGCCGCUUGAGAGUGAAGAGGACGAAAGGAUAGAGGAGCAAAGUAAGGAGGAGGACGUAAAGGACAUGAGUGAGCCAGUGAAGCCAGAGGAGCCCCAGGUCAACCUGCUGAGAGACAAGAUUCUGAGCCUGCCCCUGCCCGAGCCUCUGAAAGCUUACCUGUUGUAUUACCGAGAGAAAUAAUCACACCACAGAGUUUUCAUGCUGUAUGAAUGUUGAUAUGUUGAUAUUUUUUUUUUCUCUCGAUUUUUUUUUUCCCCACUGUUUUUUGAAAAAUGUAGCAUCGUUUUUAUCUUUCAGGAUGAUAUACAAGGACAGGGAAGGCCUCUGUGCUUGGCAAACAAAGCAAAGUUGAUCUGUAUCUGUAUUCUGUAUUUUGAUCAUUCUUGAAUCUCAGAUAUUAUAUUUAAACGUCUACUGCAAUAAGCAGAACUGGGGUGAUUUGGGCGUUUUGGACUACUAUGGUCAAAUCUUCAAGCAAGAACAGAAAGUUUGCGUAAUUCAAGCCAGCGUAACAAAAGACUUGUAGAAGGCAUUUCUUAGAUGCUGUGUAACAUAUCACUUUGAUUUGAUCAAAUCUGAAUAGAAGCGUUUUAAAAAGUUAUCAGCUAAAGAAUAACCAACAGUGAUCAUUGGGGUGUUUUUUCUGCCUUCUAUGGAUCAUAGACUGGAUAUAUUUUUAACCCUUUUUGUUCAUGCUGUAAAAUGCUCUUUCAGGACUCUUUUGGUCAAACUGUUCUGGCGGUUCCCAUGGGUAGCUGACCUGUCUGUCCUAUGUAUUUUGAACCUUUUUCCUCCCAGGCUUUCUAAUGACUGAUGUAUCUAAACAAGCGUCGUACUUUUUUAUUUCCACGCUCUGUAAGAUGGAUGUAUAGGAAGAUGCCCCGGGUAACACUGCACGUGUGGUCUUGGUGUGCACCAUCCGUGACUGUCUGCUAUUACAGGAGACUAAACAAAGACAUGCAGGUGACCAGAUGCAUAUCUUUGCCCAGUUUCUGACAGUUUAAGGUGACAUUUCAUCACUGGUGUGCUUUGUAAUACAUUUACUGCUUAGGUAAGAGUUUUCACUCCUGAUUCAUGAAGGUCCUGUGUGCUUGGAGGAAAAGAGAGAUAUGUGUCCAACGACAUCGCACAGGAAUAUUUGCAUCUGGUCUGUGUGGAUGCCCUCCCUGUCAUUUAUGAGGUGGACUGAAUCCAAGUCAUGACAGAGUUCAUUGAGCUCAUGGAGGAUCAAUAUGGCGCUAUUAAUUUCUGUAGUUCCACAGUGUUGACUGAUCACUAGGGCAGAAUCUAGGGCAGCAAGCCUAGGCCUUGUAGGAUCUGAAUGCUUUUCACCCUGUUACAGCUUCAGGACUCAUUCUGUUCAAGACGUGCCCAGGUGUGUCCCUGACUACCCAGGCAUGUUCACGCAGUGCUGAUCUCUCUGUUGGUUACACAGCAGCCUGUUUGAAUUGUGUUUACAGUAACUUGCGAUUCCCCUAUUUUCACUCCACAGUUAUUCUCACUUUUGUAUUUUGUAAGCAUAUGAUAGAUAUAAAUGAGAUACCACCUUAAAGAUUUCAUCUGAGCACAUUGAUUUAAAUGUCUUAGAACAGCUCUUGCAAUGCAUCUUAGCUGUGGCCAGUGAGUGUUUCCUAGAGUGUUUCCCAGAACCCAGUGUAAUGCAAAUGGUACCCUAAGUGAAUCUCUAUAGGUACUGCCCAUUUCCAAGGUGUUGAAAAGCUCCUGUUACAGUAACUGUAUGGGGUAAAUCAGUGGACCAUAUCAGACAUCAGAGAAAAUGAAUGAAAUUUGGGAAAAAGGAGAUGGAGCAAACAGGAAACCAGUGUGGUUUAUAGUCACAGAUUUUCAUAAGUAAUAUUUUUGUUUUCAGAAGUGCCUCGCUCAAAAUGCUUAAUGCACUUUGAGUGUGAUUUUUGUUAAGUUCAGGAUUUUUGAAUUACAGCCUAUUUUAUCUUUUUACAAAUCAGUACAAAAAGCCAUAAUUUCAUUUUAACAGAAUACAAUGCUGUAAAUUUACUAUUGGCUAAUAUCCACUUCUCUCUUUUCUCAAAGAACUAAUUUUUUUCAUCAAAAUUACGGUGACUGGGUUGAAACUGUUUAAAAUUCAUUUGUUUUGUUUUCGUUUUUGAGUGUUUGCUGUCAUGGUCAGAGUUCAGGUUUGGACUGUCAGUUCUGUCACCGGUUUGCCCCUGCAGACAGGCACACAGACAUUCACGCUGCAUGCCCAGUGUGCUUUUACUGCUCUCAUCUGCUUUUGUCUCUAAACAACAACUCUGAACAUGUGUGAGCCUCAGGGCUUUUGGGAACCACUCAAAAUGUGACGGCUUCUGAUUUGUGAUUGGAUGAUUUCUCAUUUGAAAUGUGAGACAUUUGGCCUGUUGGACAAAGAUAAAUUUCAGCUUCCAGUCUUUAACAGUAAAGGUCCACUACCACCUAUCAGAGCCAUCCUGUUUCCCUCCACAGCCUAUCGGAGCCACCAUGUUGCCCUCCACAGCCUAUCAGAGCCAUCCUGUUGCCCUCCAAAGCCUAGUGAAGCUGUGCAGUCUGCAGACUCGAUCGUGGAUCCCUCUCUGCUCUGUAUAUCUGGCUCUACUCUCAAACUAAACAUGCCUUCUAUGAUGAUUCUGUCAUAUCACAUCCAAAGCUUUAAAAAAAAAACCUAUAACCAAGCGUGUGCUAAUUUUGUCCCUUCACACUGGUCACAGUCUCCCUUCUGUCUGUGGGAUUUUUUGAAAUGUUGAUUUUUUUCUAUAGAAUAGAACUAUGAAUAUUCUGGGUUAAUCUGAAGAUGAUCUGGUCUGUGAGAACCAUCAACUUUAAUUUUUUUUUCACUUGAAUUUCACAAGAACAUGUUUCAGAUAGUAGGAAGCUUAAACAUUCCUCUCAGUGCUUCAGAGUGCCAGCAUGCUUCAGAUGGAGCCGAUUUUGUUUUUUUUUUUUAAGUUGUUUGUGUGGUUUUGAAGUGCAUCACUGGCGGUUUGUAAUUUGAUGCUUUGUUCACAACCAUAUUUUCAUUAAAUAUAUUUAUAUCACUUCUCUGA